UUGUUACCGUAGUGUUGAUAUGAAAUUAUUAACGUGCGGUCGUAUGAAAAAUCACUCUGAUAAAAUAUAAUUUUUGAAUUUAAUUAAAUUAUAAAAUUAAAAAUUAAUCAAAAUGAUAAAUACUACGACACCAGUGUCUCCAAUUUAUUUCAACGUGGCGGAAUAUUGUUUAUUUGGAAUUAAUUUGGGUGUUAUUAUUGGAAUAAUAUUGUAUUUUUUGUUUGUAAAUAAAAAAUAUAACACAGUGGCUGGAUUUUUGUUUGGAGGGAAAAAUAUGUCUAUUGUGUCCAUUUCUUUGGCAUUAACUGCUAGCCAUCUAACAAGUAUAACAUUACUAGGUGUGCCCGUUGAGAUAUAUCUUCGGGGUACACAGUAUUGGGCAUCUGCGUUGUCGCUUAUCAUUGUCACCUUCUUAACAGCUGUGAUUUAUUUGCCAGUUUUCCACAGACUGCAGUUGUCAUCAAGCUUCGAAUACUUAGAAAUAAGAUUUUCUACGCACACGCGAACUAUUGCAGCAGUUUUGUUCGUGGUUAGCAAACUGAUGCUUUUGCCGAUUGUACCUUAUGUGCCACUAAUGGCUUUUAGAUUAGUAACAAAUCCUGAAGCAAGUCGAAUAACAGCAGUCAUAUGCGUAGCUUGCUCUACUUUUAUUGCUGUGGGAGGUUUACGAGCAAUAGUAGGAAUUGGUAUUGUAACGACUUUCCUAGCAUUUGCUGGAACAGCUCUACCCAGUGGUUUAGCGUUGCUACCAUUAGGUUUUGAACAAAUGUGGGAGAUUGCUAGUCAAGGUAGCAGACUAGUUAUUUAUGAUCCGGAUCCAGAACUUGCUCAUCACACUUCCUUUUUCGUUGUGACAUUGGCAUUAAGCACGAAUUGGCUAUGGAAGAUAGCUCUUAGUCAGUCUUCUCUACAAAAACUGUUGGCUGUACCCACAAUCAGUAAAGCUAGAAUAUGUUUGGCUAUCUCUUGUGUGGGGAUAAUACUUAUGAAGCUAUUGUCGUGCUUUUUGGGGUUGGUGCUGUACGCCUGGUUUGCUGGAUGUGAUCCAUUGCUGACUGGACAAAUAAAAAAACAUGAGCAAUUGGUACCUCAUUUUCUUAAUAAUUUGUCAACAAUGUUUCCAGGGAUCUGUGGUAUCUUUAUAAUAUCUAUCUUCAGCGCAACUACAGGUUGUAUUGCGUCUAUCAUAAAUUCAAUAUCAGGAGUUGUGUUUGAAGAAUUUAUUAGACCAUGGAUGCCUCAGAGUACUAAUGAACUAGCUUGCUGCAAAAUUAUGAAGUUGUUAUGCAUAAUGGUGGGGUUAUACUUGGCCUCAGUGAUAUGGUUUGCGCGUGAACUGGACCGUCUUCAACACGUGGCGUCAGGUGUGACGGGUGUCACUGCUGGCACUCUGCUCGGCCUUUUCACUUUGGGUAUCGUGUUCUCAAGAGCUAAUUGUUCCGGAGCGCUGAGCGGCUGUAUACUGAGCCUACUACUCUGUGGCUGGCUGCUCAUAGGUGCCGAGAACGCUUUAGCCACCGGGGCGUUGACCUUUCAGGGCAAGCCUCUUGUCACCACUGGAUGCGGGAAAGCGAACUUUACACAUUUGGUGAACGCGACGACAAUCAUUUCAAACGCUGCAAAACAGCUGCCUGUGAAGCCUUUGCAAUCUCUCUUCCGGAUCUCCUACACUUACUGCCCAUUCGCUGGUGCAGUAACGGUUCUCAUCAUAGGAGUACCCAUGAGCUACUUCACGGGGAAGUCGAAGACAGAUUCCAUGAACCCAGACGUGUUCUGCCCCCUUACCCAGAGCUUCCUCCACAAGUUACCAGAUAGAAGCCCAUCUUCUUCUUCAGAAUUCAGAACUCCAAAAACGGAAGAAGUUUACAUGGCACUCGAUGAAGCUUUGAAGCAUUUAAAAGAUAUAAUAGAUCGAUAAA